AUCGGCUAAGCUAAUAUGUCCUUAUUUCAAUCCAAAGAUUUCACUCAGAAAUGGCCUCUUCAGAAGAAGGACAAGUGAUCGGCUGCCACAGCCUCGAUGCGUUCGAAUAUUAUAUGGAAAGGAGCAAUGAACCAAAUCAAUUGGUGGUGAUUAACUUUACUGCCACAUGGAGCGGCCCGUGCAGUCUCAUCACCCCAGUUCUGGCUGAGUUAGCAAAAGAAUUCCCUCAAGUUAUCUUCAUCAAAGUUGACGUUGAUGAACUCAGGACUGUUUCUAUUGAUUUUAGAGUGGAUGGAAUGCCGACAUUCUUGUUUGUUAAGGAAGGUAUUAUUGUCGAUGGGGUUGUCGGCGCUCGGGUAGAGGAGCUGAAAUCAAAGACAAAUCUUCACUCCUGA